GACUUCCUUCAAGGUUAUUGCUCCUCUACUCUUGGAAAAGAAGCUGGAAAUGUUGGGGAAUGCCUGAACUCUCAUGUGAUUCAUCCUUUUUUUAAUACAUUUUGACUUGAUCCUUUUCGAUACAGUUAAAGCCAAGCCACAAAAUAGGAUCCAUGCUAAGGUGCAUUUUGCCUUCUGAAAGUUUCGCGUGUACUGUAUGCCACAUGUUUAAAGUUGGAAAAUGAUGAUUUGUAGAAAAUGAAGUGGCUGAGGGCCCAAUCAGGAAAGGUUCACUGAGCUUUUUUCAAACAGAAGUGGGAGUCUUGUGAUACAGCUGCAGAGCCAUCAGGGAUUGGACUUGAAUGUGAGUUCUACCCUUCCAGUCACCUGGAACAAAGGAUACCGUUUCUGCAAUAAUGGAAAUGGAAUCAGGACGUGGAACGAUGGGGAGUGAAGCUGUGCUCAAAGAUACUACAUCCUCAUCCUGCUCCAGCCAGAAACUGGACAAAGAAAGCCGUGAAGUUAUUAAAGAAGACCUGCAAGCGGCUAGGAAGAUUGAAAGGUUUGACAUCCCACUGGACAAUCUGAAAAUGAUGUUUGAGAAGUCCACAGCCAUAUCAGCUGGUUCACCAACCAACAAAGAAGUACGGCCAGAAAGAGCUUCACAUUCACCAGCAUCUAAGAGACAGCUCGGAAGCAACUAUAGCAGUUCUGUGAUGGACCUGAAAGACAGCCAGACAGAAGACAACAUGUUCUCAAAAUCCAGCCUGGACAACAGUGAAUCUGCUGGCAGCACUGACAAGCUUGGAACUGGGAUUUCAGAGGAAGCUUCUAACCAGAAUAGCAGUGCACCAUUGGAUAACCAGGAGUCUGUUUCGCUGAAGGAAAGACUGGCCAUGUAUCAAGCAGCUGUCUCCAAGAAGGAGGCUGCCAGCCCCUCCAACCCAGCUGUGGAGGAGUCUGAAGUUUGUUCUAUGCCUGGAGGCCUAGCCAGCGUGAAGAAACAAUUUGAGAGUCAAGAAAUGUCAUCUUCACACAACACAGUCACCCAAUACCAUUACCAGCAGGAAGUGUCAAGUACAGAGGAGAGCAGUACCAGAAGGACCAAGCAAAAAGAAAAUGUUCCUUCAUCGCAGCAGGUUUCAUCUAAUAAAGUUGAAAAGGUCACACAUGAUGAGAGCAAGACUGCCAGCUUUGAAAAUCACUAUGAUGAAACAGUAAAAAUAAUCACAGGAGAAGAGCUACCAAAGGUUUCAACCCAGGUAUUGAAGCAGCAGUUUGAAAAAACAGUUCAAGAAAACACCCAAACAGAGGUUCCUCCAAGCAAGAAUAUCAAGAUUGAUCAUGAUUUCAAUCAAAUGCAGUGGUCUCCAUAUCUCAAUACUUCCAACAAAACCGAAACCGGCAGGAUUUGUGAAACAUCCGCCACAAACUGGAAAAUAGAAGGCGCUUCCGCUGCCUUUGUUUCUGCUGGUGCUAAUACGUUUGGAAGCAUGGAAGAUUUCCCUCCUCCUCCACCAGACCUACUACAGAUUCCAUCAGAAAUGACAGAACCUUCCUCUUCCCCCAAACCCUCAAUGCAUCAGAGCAAGCAUGCACCCCCCAAAGAGCAAUAUUCAAAGCAACGGAACCUCUUUGAACUAAAACGUCUCUAUAAACACAUUCAUCCUGAAGUCAGAAAGAACCUAGAAAGAGAUUAUUUUAGUGAUGUCACUGAGCUAGAAACAACUCAGGUAGAAACUGACCAAGACAUCAGGGGGGAUGUCCAGCAGGCCAGAUAUGUGUUCGAGCACACAGGCCAUAGCCCCAAUAAGUGUAUGAGUCCGGAACGAGAAUAUCUUGAAUGGGAUGAAAUUCUAAAAGGGGAAGUGCAGUCCAUGCGCUGGAUGUUUGAAAACCAGCCACUGGAUUCGAUUAAAGAUGAAACCCCAGACCAGGACAAUAUAACAAACAUCUCUCAGCAAGAAACCAUUGCAGGAGGGGAUGUCAAGUACACUACAUGGAUGUUUGAGACACAACCUAUUGAUGCACUAGGCACUGACACCCCAGACUUAACAGAACAAUCAGCUCCUGAAUUGGCAAGAGGAGAUGUUCGCGCUGCAACCUGGCUUUUUGAAACACAGCCAUUAGAUAUACUGAAUACAAUUUACCAAGAGGAAGAGCAAUCCACAGAGAUACAUGUCGUUAAUGAUAUAACUGGAGGGGAUGUCAAAACUGCCAGAUACUUGUUUGAAACUCAGCAUCUAGAUGCUCUCGGGCACACCGACACAGUAGACGAAGGAAACUUCUUGCAGCUUAAAUCAGAACUUGAAGAAAUUAAAGGUGAUGUGAAAACGACAACUAGACUUUUCGAAACACAGCCAAUGUGUGUUAUUAGGGGCACCUCAGGUGAGAUGUUAGAGAUUACAACUGUUCGUAGAGAAGAAAUAGAAAGAGGAGAUGUAAGAACAUCACGCUGGCUGUUUGAAACCCAGCCUCUAGACAUGAUUAAUAAAGAUGCCACACAAAUAAAAGUUAUUUGUGGUGUUUCUAUGGAAGAUAACAUUCAAGGUGGUGUGAACAGAGGGAAGUGGUUAUUUGAGACGCAACCCUUGGAUACCAUUAAGGAACAAUCAGAAAUGACUACUAUUCAAAAGGAAGAGAUCAUUGGUGCAGAUGUUAGUAAACAGUGCUGGAUAUUUGAAACACAACCCAUGGCUGCUUUAAAAGAUGACUCAAACACAAGGCCUGUGCCCACAGAAGAAAUUGUGGGAGGUGAUGUACAAAAAGCCAGGCAUUUAUUUGAAACAGUCCCAAUGGAUUAUUUGAAAGAGAGCCAAGAAGUAGGCAAACUCCAAAAGGUAGUUGCCUCUGAAGAAGAAAAAGGUGAUGUAAGGCAUCAAAAGUGGGUUUUUGAGAGUCAACCACUUGAACAUAUUAGAGAGGAGAAGAAAGAAUACAUUCGAACUGUAAAUCUUGAAGAACUUGAUAAAGGGGAUGUCAGCAGCUGCAAGAAGGUAUUUGAAACCAUGGAUUUAAGUACAUGUGAUGAAUCUCAGAAAAUACAAAUAGAGGGAGUUACCAGUGGUUCUGUAAAGUCAAACAAAGUUCUGUUUGAAUCUACUCCACUAUAUGCUGUUCAAGAUAGUUUUGGACAGUACCACAAGGUCAAAACGGUCAGAAGAGAAGAAAUAGUAAAAGGCGAUGUCAGAAGCUGCAAAUGGAUGUUUGAAACACGCCCCAUUGACCAGUUUGAUGAAAUUAUUCAAAAGUUCCAAAUAAUUAAAGGAAUAUCCAAACAGGAGAUAGAAUCAGGUGAUGUCAAAACAGCCAAAUGGUUGUUUGAAACACAGCCUCUUGAUGCCAUUAAGUAUUUCAGUAAUGUAGAUGAUGGAGAAAGUCAAACAAAAGAAAGUGCUGACAUUGUGAAAGGUGAUGUUAAGACCUGCAGGUGGCUGUUUGAGACUCAACCAAUGGAUGGCCUUUACAAAAAAGCUGAUAUGAGAAAUGAAACAGAGGAAAUUCAAAAAGGUGAUGUUAAAACCUGUACAUGGCUUUUUGAAACACAGGCGCUUGAUACAAUCAGAGAUGAGUCAGAAACUAUUAUACAAACAUGCACUGUAAGACAGGAAGAUAUCCAGGGAAGAGAUGUUCGAAUGGCACGUUUUCUAUUUGAGACAGAGAACCUUGAAAACAUAAAAGGAGAAGAAGGGAGAGGAUUCAGAAGGGUGACUGAAAUAGAUGUUCAAUCUGGAGAUGUAUCAAGAAUGAAAUGUAUAUUUGAGAAUCAGACUUCAGAUAUGAUCAGUUCUACCUCAGAAGAAACAUUUAAACAACUUAAGUCAAUGCAGGCUGAGGACAUUCAAAAGGGUAAUGUUGUAAACUGUACCAGGCUCUUCGAAAACCAACCUAUUGAUUCCAUUAGGGAAAGUUCUGAAGAAAGUAAGGAUACCCGCACAGUUACUGAUGUACAAGGAGGUAAUGUCAACCAAGGACGUUUCAUUUUUGAAACUUUUUCUUUGGAUAAGAUUCAGGAUGAGUCAUCAGAGACAGAAAAACACAUUCAGACAAUCAGACAGGAAGAGAUAGAAAAAGGAGAUGUGAAAAACUACACUAUGCUGUUUGAAACUCAACCACUUUAUGCUAUUAGAGACAAAGAAGGUUAUUUCCAUGAAGUUACCACAGUCACAAAAGAAGAAUUAAUGAGGGGAGAUGUAGUAGGGGCUAGGUGGUUGUUUGAAACAAAACCACUAGAUUCAAUAAAAGAUUCUGAUGAAGUGUAUGUUAUUAAAGCUGUCACCCAGGAAGAUGUUCAAAAAGGAGAUGUAAGCUCUGCUAGAUGGCGGUUUGAAACACAACCAUUGGAUACAAUUGCAGAAGACAGGAAAGUAGUAAUUCGAACAGUUGAUGAUGUCCAAGGCGGAGAUGUAAAGAUCAACAAGCACAUUUUUGAGUCUAAUGAGGUGGAUGAGAAACAGUAUGUGAGGACAGUAAGUGUUAGUGAAAUCCAGCAAGGGGAUGUAAGAACAGCCACUUGGCUUUUUGAAACACACACAAUGGAUGAAAUACGAGGUGAAGGGUCUGAAUACAACAAGAUCAAGACAGUUCAAAGGGAAGAUGUAUUGCAGGGAGAUGUCAAACAAUCUGUAUGGCUUUUUGAAAAGCAACCUCUUGAUAGCAUAAAUGAAACUGACGAAACAGAUGUCAUUGUUGCCCGUGAAGAAUUUCCACAAGCUGAUGUAAAGACCACCACUUGGCUUUUUGAAACAACCCCCUUCCAUGAGUUUAAUGAAAGCAUCACUCAGAAACAUGAAAUCAUGGGCAAAAGUAUCAAAGAAACUCUUCAGGAACUGUACAGUCACAAGGUUGUUGAUUCUCAUGGAAUACUUCUAGAAACCGAUGAGAUUGGAGAUGUAAGGAUGGCAAAAUUCAACCUCAUGAAUCAGGAAGCCCCGGAAAUCCAAAAGGAAGAGAUCAUAAGAGGAGAUUUACAAAGUAUAAUGAUCAAUCUGUUGAACAAACAAAACUCUACUGAGAAGGGGAUUGUAAUAGAUGACGAGGAAAAGGGACAUAUAAACACAACUGUAGCUCAGCUGUUUAACAAGACAACAGGUAUCAAUGUAGAAAAAGAAGAAGUAGUCAGGGGUGAUAUCCAGGAAGCCAUUAACAACCUGUUCAAGGAAGAUAGUUCAAUGAAACGUGGGAUUUUGAUUCAAGAGGAUGAAAGGGGGGAUGUUAGAAUGACAAUAUACUCUCUGCUUAAUAAAAAAGACAAUGUGUUUGUUAAGAAUGAAGAUGUAGUAAGGGGUAAUAUAAAAGGUACCAUUCAGAACCUUCUUUCCUCUCCAGACAGUCCUGAACUUUCCAGAACGAUAAAAGUAAAUGAACUUGAAAGAGGAAAUGUAAGCUUUUACUCAACAUGUAUAGAAUCUGGGGCACUGGAUUACCUAAAAAUGCUUCAGAAAGAGCCUGAGGAAACUAUUGCAGAACCAAAUCAAAAAGAGGAAAUAAUUGGCGGUGAUGUUGAAAUGACAAAACAAGUCUUAAGGAAAACACAAAUGCAAAUUGAACGCACGGUUGCUGAAGAGGAUAUUGUUCCUGGUGAUGUGCAUAAUACAGUUCAGGUGUUUAUGACUGAUCCUGAAAACACACUGACUAAUUUUCAGAAGGAAAAAAUUGUAAAGGGGGAUUUAAAAGCAACCUUAAAGUCAUUAAGUCAGGCCAUAAACCAGACAAGCAUGGUAGAAAAGGAAGAGGUUGUAAAAGGGGACAUACCUGCAGCCUUAAAAUCUCUUGAAGAAGCACAAUAUCAAACCAAAGAAACUGAAAAACCAGAAGUCAUUCCAGGUAACAUUAGAUGUGCACUUGAGUCCUUGGAAAAAUCUGUAAACACAAAAGUUGAAGCCAAAACAGAAGACUUGGUGUAUGCUAACAUCAAGGGCACGUUGAAAUCAUUGGAAGAAGCACAGCAUGUAGUAAAAGAGGUAGAAAAAGAAGAAAUAAUCAGAGGAGAUAUUCAGACUGCAAUUCAAAAUCUGAUAGAGGCAUCUUCUGAAAAAAAACUUUUACAGCAACAAGUAAGUGUACAAGGCGAUGUAAAAGGCACCAUUCAGAUAUUAUUAGAACCUACACCACAGCAAACAAUGCAGCGCAUGCCUAGUGUGGAAGAAGAUGUGCAAAAUACUAUAAAAUCACUCUAUGACAUGCAUGAGCAAAACCACAUGGAAAAGGAGGAGACAGUGGUACAAGGAGAUGUGCAAGGCACAAUAAAGAACCUUCUGGAAGGGAAACAGCAAAGCAGUGUUGAGUAUUGUACUGGUGUUUCUGAAAAUGUCAAAGGAGCAUUGAAAACUAAUUUUCCUUCUCAGCAAGACAUCCAAGAAUAUUCUGUUGUGAAUAGGUACGAACAGGAGAUGGCAAAGCAAGUUCCAGCUGCUAAAAAGCAGGUUCAGAAAAUAGAAUGUAAUGUUGGCAGUGAGAUUCAGAAACCUGGAAGCAGCAGCAAAUCAGUAAAUAUCAAAUCCUUAACACAGGACGCUGCUUUACGCACUGAUCACUCCAAUCAGACUAAAAUGGGAGUGACUCAAAAUUCAAAGGAAACAAUUACCAGCGAACAAUCACUGAUACAAAAGUCUACCACAGCAGCCAAUUCUUUAAUUAAAAUAAAAACAAACAUGACUAAUCAAGACACUGAAAUACCAACAAUUGCAAUAUCUAAAACACCGAAUGUAAUAAAAAGGAGUUCACCGUCUAAAUCAACCAGUAUGAAACUUACACAAGAAGAAAAGACAGUAAAGGGGGUGCAUGAGACAGUAGUGGAACAGAAAAAUCAUGUGCAGAAGCGUGAUUUGUCACUGAAGUCUAAUAAGACUUCCAAGGCUGAUUUUAAAAAUUAUCAGUCAGGAAAAAAGACCCUUCACUUGGAGACGAUAGACAAAAAGAAAAUGGAACCAGAAGUACAUUUUCCACCACCACCACCACCUCCUCCACCCUCUGUGCAGUCAUCUGAUGCUGAAUUUCCUCUGCCUCCACCACCUCCAUUGGUGAUGGAAACCGACAAUCAAAUAUUUCCCCCUCCACCACCUUCUGUGCUGAAGAAAGACAAUGAUCUACUCCCCCCUCCUCCACCACCACCUCAUCCUCCUGUUGAAUCUACAAGGUCUGAGGAUGAGCAUUUCCCUCCACCUCCUUCCCCACCCCCCCUGGUAAAGAUUAAACUAGACCAAAGACAACUACCACCUCCACCAGCACAGCAGAAAUUAGAGUAUAUGUCUUCUCAUCAAUCUUCUGCAGCAGCAAGAAAAAUGACUGUCAAACCAGUGAAAGCACCCGCUGUGUACAAAGUUGCAAAACACGACCCACCAAAGCAAAGAGAAGAACCAAAACACAAAGAGCAGCAUAAACACAUACCUCCAGUAUCAAAACCAAGUACCCUAAAAACAUCACACGCUCAGGUCCAACAGGCCUUAACUUCUACCACAGUCACGGCUACGACCACAACAAAUGCUUCUUCCACAAAGACUACAGAAGUUAAUUUACUUAAAAAUGCAAAGCAAAGUGAGGAAGAUGAAAAAAGACAAAUCCAAAUUGAGACUCAAGUAUUAUCAUUAUCUCAGUCUCUGGCAGGAACAAUCCUGCCAAAGGUACAAAAGGAAGAAACUCCUUCACCACCAGUGAAAAAGAUUUUUGUGCCCACGAUGAAGCUACCUCCACCCACUGUCAAAUCUCCACCAACAAAAUCUAAGCCGUAUGUGAGAAAAUUCAAAACCCCACUCAUGAUUGCAGAGGAGAAAUAUCGUCUGCAAAGAGAGGAAACUGAGAAAAUGAAAGGAGGAAAACCAUCCCCCAGUACAUCAAGUCAAGAGGAAACAAAGGAAUUAAUCCAACUGGAAUCGGAAAAGACUGUAGGAAGUAUAAGAAAGGAACAACCAGAGAAAACUUCAUUAGCUAUAAGUAAAGAUCAAUUGAAAAAUGCCAACUCAACUGUAAUUAAAGAACAAUUGGAAAAGGCUUCAUCAGCUCUAAGUAAAGAACAGUCCCUGAACAAGCAACAUAUUUCCUUGAAGGAAACUGUAUCCUCCACUGAUAAUCAGAGAAGGUUAGCUGAAUCAACAGCUGUUUCUUCUACUCACACGUCUUCUCUUUCUUCUACUAAACAUCACACUUCUGUUGUUUCGUCUACUAGACAUCAGAACAUGACUGUUUCCUCCAGUGAAUACCAGACUACUUCUGACAUUGAAAAGCAUCCUUCUACAACACUGGUUGUAUCAUCUGCUGCUGAGCAACUGGAAAGUAUCUUAAACACCUGUUCGGAUGGCCAAAUCACUAAGCAAGAGAUAUUACAUGGCUUUAAAGAACUUAGUCAGAAUGAGAGUUCCAAGAAAACCAGUAGUGCUCAUAAAGAGGAACAGGUUCGAGUUUCUAGUCAGCCAUCAAAAAUACCCAAAGUAACUCCUAGAUUUAAAGUAAAAACGUUCAAGAUGCCAAAGGAUGAACAUGAUGAAACUAAUAUUAAGGAGAAAAGCACACAAAAAAUGCAUCAACAUAAAGGUGUCACUAUAGCUAAUGUUCCUGAAGAUGCACAUUUGACAACAAGCAUAAAGCAACAUGUGGAGAGUGAAAUCUAUAUGAAAAAUGUAGAACAAAUUAAAAAUUCUGAACAACACUCAACCACAAGAGAGCACAGACAAGAUCACCAGCCUCAGGAGUUGACAGAGAAACCAAAACGUGAAGAACCAGUUCAAAUCAGUGUCAAAGUGAUCCCAAAAGAAACAAAACCACCUGUUUCAGGAAAACCAACUCAAGACCAUGAAGAAGUAGUGAAGCAAAAGUCUUUUAAUGUACUCCAAAAGGAACAUGAAGUCCAUGAACAGACAAAAAUCACUGAAAGCAAGGUCCAGAGAGGCUUUCAGCAACACAACACCGUUCACCUUCAGAAGCAAUUAAACACCUCUCAAAAACAGAAACAAAAAGGUGAACCAAAUAGAGAAGGGGAUGUACAUGUUAAGUCAAAACCUGCAAAUGAAGAGACCAGGGUAAAUCCAAUUAAAUUGACAGAAAAACAAAUGCAUAAAAGAGAGGAGGUUAAACCUGUAACAGAUAUCACGGAUGCUUUAAGAAAACGUGAGGAAGUUCAACAAAUACUAUUUCACAUUACAGCUCUGGAGACAGAAAAAAAUGAUCUAAAUGCAGCAAAGGUGUUUCUGAGUAAAGUUCCUGAAUGGUUAGUAGGUCAGACAGGAAAGGAUGUUUUAGAAAAAGUUAGAGCAGAGGGUAAUUUGCAGAAAGUAAAAGAAGCAAUUGUAUACAUACAAAAUCAGGCUUAUGCAAAGCUUGUAUAUUUUGAUAGCAGCAUACAUGCAACGCCUGUGAAGCCUGUUUGUGAUAAGGACUCAAUCAGUGGGGCAACGCCAAAAAUAUCUAAAAUAAGUAUUGGUUCAAGCAAGUUUGAUACUCAUAGAAAAACUGAAACUGUAGAAGAAAAGACAUGGCAUGGAAGUGUGAAGCAAGGGUUCUGUGAAGCAAAAACUGUAGAUCAAAGAAUUCCCUCUCCUUUAGUUAGAAUACGUUCCCCAUCACCUUCAUAUAUAACAAUCGAAUCCACUGCACGGCAAAGAGAAUCCCCUCAAAGAGUCAUUGCUUCUCCACCACCUCUAAUGCAAAGAGUAGCUACACCCCCUGCACCUCCUCCACGGAGAUCAGAGACACCAACUUCUAGGAUUAGCAGAGCAUCUGCCACACCAUCACCACCUAUAAGUCGAGCUGAAAAACUUGCAAAGCUAAAAGAUACUACUGCAAAACUGCAUCAAGGAGUUUCACAGCCUCAGCUUGCCCCACCUGUGCUGGUCACUGAGAAGAAAUCUGAAAUCAUUGUUUCUCCAGCAUCUCUCCAUAGGCAAUUAAAGAUUGAGACUCAUGUUAUGGAGACCACCUCCUCCAAUGUCGUGUCAGAAUCUUCAGUAAUGUCUGGCACCGUCAAGGAUAUGAGAGAGUUCUAUGAAGAAGCUGUAAAAGAAGACGAACAUAAAAUCUACUCUCGCAAGGGUCCCAUUGACAUUCCUCAGCAUUUGGGUCCAGAUGAAAAGCUAAAGGAUGACCUCCCUAAGGUAGAUUUAUCAGAACUUCUUCACAGGUUUGAAACACCAGUGGAGAAGGUUUAUGUUAGAAAGGAGCCAAUUGUAAUAGCUGAGAGACUCGGAAGUGACAAUGAAGAGGAAGCUGAAAAGAAAACGCUUCAAAUAGAGGACAUGCCAGCUCUUGAUGUUAAAGCCAUUAAGACAGUGUUUGAAAGUGGUGCACAAAGUUACCAUGUCAAAGAGGAGAAGCUUAAAUCUGGCAAAACUGAGUCAGGAUUGAUGUCUGGUGAAAAGGGCUCAAAGGAAAAUUCCCUGCAGCCGAUUCAGAAAGAAGUCUGUCAAGAGAAAUCAUGUGAGCCAACAUCAUGCUGUGAAACCAAGUCAAUGAAAGAACAGUUUUCAGGGGUUGAUGAAUUUGGCAACAGAAUAACAGGGUUGAAAAGUGCCACCACUGUGUCUCAACAUUCUGAAAGCAUUAAAACUCGACGUGCACCCCCGACAUAUUCAGAUGUACUUAAAGGGAAUAUACCAGCACUAGAUGUUCCUGUUAAUGCAUCACCCGAAGAACUGCUUAAGAAUUUUCAAAAGACGUGGCAAGAAAGUGAAAGAGUAUUCAAAAGCCUGGGAUACAAUGUUACAGAGACCGAAGAGAGUACAUCACAGACUGUCAUGCAUCAAGAAGGGACAUUUGUGACUGAAAAUAAAAGUUCCGGAGCUGGAGACGUGCACCGUUUGUCUAAAGAAAGUUUAUCCAAUGGAGUGCCUGAUCGCAGACAAACACACGUUUCAUAAGUCCUGCUUCCGCUGCCAACACUGCAAUAGCAAAUUAAGCCUAGGGAAUUAUGCCUCUCUCCAUGGACAAAUGUACUGCAAGCCUCAUUUUAAACAACUCUUCAAGUCCAAAGGUAAUUACGAUGAAGGAUUUGGACACAAACCACAUAAAGAAUUAUGGAGUUCUAAAAACGAGAG